GUAAAUAUGAACGUGUGAUGGCGCAAUAAUUUUGAUGUAAAUUGUAAAUUACCGUUCAAACACCAACAUGCUUAGUUUCAGAUGUCAAAGAUCAAAGAAGAUAUAUGAAAUGGAAAAGGCUAUGAACCUUCCAGUAGGAUGGAAGAGGGGUCGGGGGAGGUUCCCCACCUUUAUUACUCCUGUAGGGAAGCUACUACGGGGUUGUUCCAACGCUAUUCUAGAACUAUCCGAGACUAAACAGUCGGAUCAUUACAUUCAACUUCUCAGAAAUGAGUUGGAGAACGAAGGUUGGAAGAAAUCAGAUUUACUUCCAUUAAACUGGUUCUUGCGGCAGUACAGACAGAUGAUACAGGGAGCUCCGAAAAACACAUUAAUUCUGCUUGCUCCAGAUGGACGUCGCUACAGAUCUCAGAAGAAAAUAUUGCAUGAUCACCCAGAGAUCUCACCAGCAGAGAAAGCAAAUAUUCAUGAACUCUUCAGGGUUAAUUCCAUCAGAGAACUCUCAGAAGAAGAGAUGAAAGAAAUGGAAAACUCUGGCGAAAUCUGGAGAUCUGGCGGAAACUUAGUCCCUCCAAACUGGAAGUGCAGAGAAUAUAAAUUUUUCUCGAAAAACUUGCAGAAAGAAGUGAAUACCAAGAUGUACCUGAGUCCUGAUGGGACAAUCCUUCAAGGGGAGAGAAGAAUGAAGCAGUAUUUAUCCAAAAACAAUCUUAACUCAACACUAACAGACACUGAGCAGUUCACCCUGUUGACAUCAAAACCAGUAAAAUCUAAAACCUUGCAAAGUGAAAUGGAAGAAAGAGUUUGGAAGAAUUGUGACUAUCACUCUCUUGAUAAUUGGAAGUUUCGUCUCUCAACUGAGGGUCAGAGGUUUGAGUACAAAUCUCCGGACGGAGAAGUCUUUUACUCUCGUGGUUCAGUUCUCCGAGUCCUGAUAAAGAAGGGAAGAACCUCAUACUCGGAGCUAAUGAUGCUAAAGAAGCUUCUGAAGAAUAACGACAACAAGAUUAACUUAAAGGAGAAUGAUCGGUUUAUCAGAACCUUACCAGUCAAUCAGAACUUUUUCAUAUUCAUCAAAACAAGGUACUUGAACAGUUCAGCACCCGAGAUAUCUGAUUUAAAUCUUCCGAAAGGCUGGAAAAAGAAGAUUAUCAACGAAGUAGAAUAUCUUAGGAAUCCAUUAGGGAAUGUUUUCAACUCUCGCAGACUGGCUUUAGACCACAUGAAAUCCACAGGAGAGUAUACUCAAACUGAAAUAGUGCGUGUAGCAAUGGACGAUUUAGAAAGUGAGAGUGAAAUAUCUGAGUCGGACGAAGACGGAGAAGAGAGUUCUAACAUGGAGAUAUUUGAAGACAAAGAAAGAAUGGGAAUAGUUGAAGAUGAUAAUCAGAGAGAGAACGAAAAUGAUAAAGAUAAAGAUGAAGGAUUUAGGUGCAGAGAAGAUGAGAAGAGUUGGAAGGAAUCAGAAUAUAGAAAAAACCACAAAGAAAAUAAAAUAGAGGAUUUGGAGGAUAAAAUGAAGAACGUGGUGGAUAAGAAAAUGGAGAAGUUAGAAGAUGAAAUGGAGAAUAUGGAAGAUAAAGUGGAGAACAUGGAAGAUAAAAUGGAGAACAUGGAAGAUAAAAUGGAGAACAUGAAAGAUAAAAUGGAGAAUAUGGAAGAUAAAAUGGAGAACAUGGAAGAUAAAAUGGAGAACAUGGAAGAUAAAAUGGAGAACAUGGAAGAUGAGAGAAUUGAAACCGAUGAGGGACUAGAUCUUUUAUAUGAAGAUUAUCCAAGUGACAGUUCUUCCAUCUCAGAUGCCCGGCAAAGUAGAUGCAGUAUUGAUUCAGGACUGGAUCAUCCUCGUCUCAGUUUUCAACAUCCACUCUGGACGCAUCCGCAAACUAUUGAAGAAAUUUGUUCACGUUCUCCUACGCUUUGUGACGCAAAUCUCAGUUCUCCAACGCACAGAAAUGCACCUUCGGAGGAAGCUGGAAGAAUAGAUGAUGGAUCUGAUAUCCAUACAAGUCCUGUAAAUCCAUUAAAAUCCCUAAGUGCAGAAAAUUUAAGCACUGUCGUAAAUGAUUCCAAAGGUUUUUUUGAAUUUCUUCAAACAAAGAAAGAGUGAAUGAAACAAAUAUUUUGUAGAUACACCUCUUGAUUAAAAUAUGUAUUUGUAAUUAUGUCUACAAAAAUAUUACAAAAAAUUUCUAGAAUUCGACCAAAUACAAUAUAUUACUUAAAAA